AUGGCGGCCUUCACGGCGUUGUACAUCAUGUGCACGUUGACGACACUUACGACAUUUCUGCACACACCUUCUCCCUUGGUGCACACCCCCGAGCCCAACCAAGUGCAAUCCUUGUGGAACUACCGUGACGGCAUUCAGCUCGCCGAUGGAAGAUGCGCUGCUGCUCCGUGGGUGAGAUCUACCCUUGUCGACCCACAUCACAACGACGCUGUCCAACGCUUUGACUGUCAAAUGAUCGGCCAAGACAGCACUACUUUGACGCGCCGCUGCAAGUCAAAUUCCACCCAUAUGGUCCCGAGCUUGGUGGCGUUUGCGAGAAGUUCGACGUACGCGAUGGACGCCAGUAGGACUACUAGAGUACAUACCGAGUCGUACGCCGCGACGUUGUUGGUGCUGUUCAUCAAGUAG